UCCAUUCUCAGGCAUCUCUCUUCGGAUUCCUAGUGUACAGAGGAAGAUAUGUAUUUUCAUUAGCCAAGUUGGUCACAAUGUUUCUAGUGAAAUACACAGUUUAGACUUUAGACUUUGAGCCACCUUUGAAGGACUGUUAUCAAUUUAUUAUUAGCCUUAAUUAAAAGGAAUUAAACGGAAAUAGUUGCAUAGUAUUAGCAUUAGCAUAACAUUUUUUCGUUGUGCAAAAAUGGCGCGUGUGCUCGUAGGUGUAAAGAGAGUAAUCGAUUAUGCAGUGAAGAUUCGUGUCAAGCCGGAUAAGUCCGGGGUAGUUACAGAUGGCAUUAAACAUUCGAUGAACCCUUUCGAUGAGAUAGCUAUCGAAGAAGCAGUCAGAAUGAAGGAGAAGAAAAUAGCUCAGGAAAUAAUAGCGGUCAGCUGUGGACCGACGCAGUCGCAGGACACAAUCAGGACUGCGCUCGCUAUGGGUGCGGAUCGUGGGAUUCACGUAGAAGUAUCUGGUCCCGAAUAUCAGACGUUGCAGCCCAUUCACGUCUCCAAGAUACUGGCCAAACUGGCACAGGAUGAGAAAGUGGAUUUGGUGAUACUUGGGAAACAGGCCAUAGACGAUGAUAACAAUCAAACCGCACAAAUGACCGCUGGCGUCCUGGAUUGGCCGUCCGGCACUUUCUGCAGCAAGAUCGAAAAUAAUAACGGCGAAUUGACUAUUACGCGCGAGAUUGACGGUGGAUUAGAAGUCGUCAAGAUGAAAAUCCCUGCGGUCCUGAGCGCCGAUCUUCGCCUAAAUGAACCGCGUUACGCGACUUUGCCGAAUAUUAUGAAGGCUAAGAAGAAACCAAUUAAGAAGAUUACUCCGAAGGAUCUUGGAAUAGAUACGGCACCGAGAAUUGAGAUACUCUCAGUAGAAGAUCCGCCAGUUAGGCAGGCCGGUGCUAUAUUACCGGACGUGGACACCCUGAUAGUCAAAUUGAAAGAAGGCGGCCACGUUUAGCCAAAUAAUGGAACAAUUGUAAGAAGAACAAACGUUGUCUUUUAACUCUUCUUAUAUUUUGAUAACUCGUUUUGUAUAUAGUAUAAUGCAUUUGUACAUCAUCAGAAAUUGUAUAUGAUAUAGAUAUAUAUAUAUAUUUCAAUAUAAAUUUGUACCGCGGUGCACGUGCACGCUCAUAAGGAGAGAAGAACAUUUAAUACAAUUAGAAAUAUAUAUUUAAUAAAAUACUGUCUACACGAAUUUUAUACAUAUAUACAUACAUAUAUAUAUGUAUAUACAUAUACGUAAAAAUAUGUCUUACGUUUCUUACCCACGAUUAGACAAACGAAUGUUCAAUCUAUUUUAAAAGCGAAACAAUAUUAGACACAUUUCUGAAACGAUGUUGUAUACCUAAAUAUAUACAUAUAAACGUUA